CACGCCUCGCUCUUUAGGGUUAGGGUAUUUUGAGGGUUUUGGAGGGAUGAGUUGCUGAGCGCAUUCCCUGAGGAGCAAUGGCGCUGCUAUCGGCGCUCAGCGUGCUGCCGCUGGGAUUGAUGUUCUUCUGCUCUGGAUUUGUUGUCAACUUGCUCCAGGUUUGCUCGCUCGUUUUGCUCCCAUUCUCGAGAGGAUUGUUCCGGGCGGUGAAUAUGUCGCUGUUUGAGCUCGCAUCGUCGCAGCUGGUCUGGAUGGUGGAGUGGUGGGCGGGUGUGGAGGUGCGCAUUUACGCUGACGAGGAAACUCGCAAGCAUUUUGGGAAGGAGCAUGCGCUGAUCAUCUCGAACCAUCGCAGCGACAUUGACUGGCUUGUUGGCUGGAUUUUCGCAUCUCGUGUCGGAUGCCUGGAUGGUACGCGGGCAAUAAUGAAAAAAUCCUCCAAGUUUCUACCGGUCAUUGGUUGGGGAAUGUGGUUCACCGAGUACAUAUUUCUGGAGAGGAAAUGGGAGAAGGACGAAAACACGCUAAAGAUCGGCUUCCAGCGGUGGAAGAACUUUCCACGGGUUUUAUGGGUGGCUCUCUUCGUCGAAGGGACGCGGUUUACCGAGGCGAAACUUAAGGCCGCCCAAGAAUAUGCAGCCUCUGCUGGACUGCCUGUCCCACGGAAUGUGCUUGUUCCUCGAACCAAAGGAUUUGUUUGCGCCGUGGAUAAUUUGCGCUCUUUCAUUCCUGCAGUCUACGACGUGACCUUCGCUCUCUCGAAAUACAAGCCUGCUCCUACCAUGACGAGAAUUCUAAAUCGUCAAUCUUCCGUGGUCCAUAUGCAUGUGAGAAGAGUACCAAUGAACGAGCUGCCCACUGAAGAAGAGGAGCUCACCGAGUGGUGUCGAGAAGUAUUUGUCAGAAAGGAUGAUCUGCUGGACAAGCACAAAGCAGAGAACACAUUUGGCGAGGAGCUGUAUGUCCCUCUGACGCGAUCCUAUAAACCUCUGAUGAUCGUGAUCAUGUGGGCGUCGCUACUCACCAUCGCUGUGGUGAGUUUGCUGGCACGCCUGCUAAAAUCAGCGUCUGGAAUCGCGUGGUUCAGUGGCGUCCUGGUGAGCGUCACGGCUUUGAUGCAAGUCGCCAUUCUCGCUACUCAAUCCGAGCGCUCGACACCGGCAAAGAGAGUGAACAAAGGAACCCAUCGCAACUAGUCCAAAUCAAGAGAGUACCAAAGUUUCCAUCGCUAUUGUGAGGUCAUCACUGUAUAACUUUUUUUUCCUCCCGACGAAGAGAUUUCCAUAGUUUUCUUA